AUGUCCAGCACCCGGGUCGUCCAAUCCACGAGCGCGGGCUUCGCGAUCCGAUGCAGGCCGCUGCGGCGUGCCGCGGCGGCCAGGCCCGCCGCCUGGAGCUGCGCCGGCCGGCGGCAGCUCAGGGUGCCGACGCGCUGUAGAGGAAUGGGCGUUCCUAAGACAGAGGAACGGGAGGUUGGGACUGAUGCAGUUGGGGGCAAUGGCAGUGGCAAUGAUGACUUCCAGGGCAAUGGCCGGGGGGAUGAUGAUGAUGCUGAAGAUGGGGAUUCUUCCAUCGAUGAAGAUGAGCUGCUGAAUUUGGCAGAGGCCGAGUCCCUUGCUGCAGAAAAGGGGUUUGAGCUGCCGCAGGACUAUGCUGCUGCUGCAAGGUCUGGUGGGUUGAGAGCAUCCACUCUACGUGGAUUUGCAAACGUGCAGGCCCUUCCCUUUGCUGGUGCACUGGUGUGGAUGCUGCCAUGGGUACGAGAUCGCAUGGUUGCAGACCCCCGUUUCCUCUACAAGGUGUUUGUCGAGGUUGCAAUUGACUCAGGUUGUGCCACUGUCGCUGAGGUCCGCAAGCGAGGUCAGAAUUUUUGGGGAGAGUUCGAGUUCUACUUGUCGGACAUGGCAGUGGGAUUUGUCCUGGAUGUUGCACUCGUGACGAUGCUGGCACCUGUGGCUGUGGUGGGGGCAAAGCCACCGUCGUCCAGCAUGUCAGGUCUCAUGCGUUGGUGGGCUCGACUGCCCAGUGCAGUGUUUGAAAAAUCCAUACCCAAUGUGAGGAAAUACACCCUUGCAGAUCGCGUUGCGUGUUUCCUUGUGAAAGGCAUCGAGUAUAGCAUCGUUGGACUCUGCUGCGGCUUCGUGGGCCAGGGUGUGGCCAACAGCCUCAUGUUGCUCAGACGGCGGCUGCGUGGCGGCGCUACGGAAGAGGACGUGAUAGUGCCGCCACUGGUGCGCACUGCCCUUGUGUGGGCUCUGUUCAUGGGGGCAUCCUCCAACGUGCGGUACCAGACUGUGGUGGGCCUGGAGCGUACGGUGGACAUGACCAUCGCCAAGACCGUGCCACAGGUGGCUUAUGGAACCACCGUCAUCAUCCGGUUCAUCAACAACGUCAUCGGUGGGGAGAAUUUCAUCGACCUGGCACGAUGGGCUGGCGUGCAAUGA